UGUUGUCGCUGGCAACGCCGUGGUCAGUCGACCUCGCUCGUCGUUGAUGGCGUUCGCUCGUUGCACUGUUGUCAAUUUUUGUUCUGUUUUCAUAAUUUAAAGUGAAUUUUUUUAGGAAUCGCAGUGUUUUGAACAAUUUAGAGACCCCAUAAAUUAUUUACAACAGUUUUCAUCGUUCCCAGGCGAAUUCCGGGGGCUGUAGGCCCGGUUUAAGGUCGGCAUCGCGUGCUGAAAUACUGUAAAAGCUUGGCCCUGAGACGUCGUGUCAACGCCACAAAUUCGAUUGUGGCGCUCAGUUUGAAUCCCCAGGUAUUUCCAUCGUUAACAUGGAAAAUUCUGGGGGCCGUGCCAUCCUGGAGAAUGUGGUUAUCACGUCGGAAGGUGCCGAUGGGGCACAGUACAUCCGAUUGUCAGAUAACUCGCAGAUCAUCAGCUCAGAACUGUUACAGAACCACAAUGGUCUAGUCGUAGAUUUGGGAGGGAAUGAUUUCAUUCCCGUCACAUACAGUUCUGAAGACAUUCUCACUCAAGAACUAACCGAAGAAGAUCGUAACUUAGCUGCCGCUCUAGUGGCUGUUCAACUGAGCCAACAGCAGAAACAGCAGCAAUUACAAGAGUCCUCACUUCCGCCUCUAAUCGCGGGCAAUAAGCUGCUGGAAGAGCACCAGCAGCUGAUCCUGACCCAGGACAAAUCGAGUGGAAACUCCCAGUAUUUAAAAAUCGUCAAUUCAGACGAUAUUUACAUUGACCAGCAGGGAAUGCAUAAGAUCGUCGAAAAUGUGAGGAUCAUUGAUAAUACUGAUCAAAACAUUCCAAUACACACAGUCAGUGCAGACGAGCAGCAGCAAAUGCAUCUAAAUGAGAAUAAAAUCGAAAUCAUUGACAGAGAUGAUGAUGAAAAAGCCGAUUCCGAUAAGGAGUCAGUCAGGAAUGAUACCCGAUCGUCCAAGAAGUCCUUGCCACAUAAGAAGAGGAUCAGUAGAAGACAUCGCAAAAAUAGCACGAGUCCAACUAAACAACACCCUUCAAAUUUGUGCAAAGAGGAAUUUGUUAACAAUGACGAAUUCCCGGAACAAGAAGACUCUGACAGCCCGUCUAAAGCGUUCCCAAAUUCCCCUUUCUCAUGUCAGCUGUGUAAUGUUGCCUUUUCUGUAGAAGAUCAAUUGAAAUUCUUUGAGCAUUUAAAGAAGCAUUACGAGCCUGGCGGCAUGAAGGAGGUCACAUCUACAGCGAUCGUAACUGCGCCUCCUCCAGUGGAGGAGAAGAAAAAGAAAAACUCUCCAAAACAAGAGAAAAAACCCCUUGUGGACGAAAAGGAGCCCCAGGAGACAUUGCUUUCCAGUCUGCUAAGUUUACAGUGCAUUGAAUGCAACAAGACAUUUAGGCGCCAAAAAACAUUUGAAGCUCACAUGCGAGACGUUCACAGCAACAAAACUGAACCACAAGACGAGUUUUCUGAUGCGGAAGACAUGAUGGCCGGAAUCGACGUUGCUGUCGACUACGAUAGCAUUCAAGAUGAUGUUGACGACGAUAGCAAAGCAUGGUACCAGGAAGAAGAGCUGCACCAAACCGAAAAAGAUCUAGAAGAACUAGAAGACAAGAAUGAGCAUGUGUGCCAUCUGUGCAAACAACCAUUUCCCCUCCGGGCCAUCCUCCUUCAGCAUCUGGUUACUUGCCGCGUCACGAGCGGAAUGACCGAACCAACGCCCGCAGUAAUAGUGCGCAAGAAAAACAAGAAGGUGAAAGAUAAGCUAAAUUGCGAUCUUUGCGACAGGGUGUUCAAGCAUAGGAAUUCCUUGGUUUACCAUAUGCGAAGCCACAGCGGCAUCAGACCACAUCAGUGUGAGCUUUGUGGCAAAAGUUUUUUUGCUUCCAGCGCUUUAAAAGUACAUUUACGGCUGCAUUCAGGCGACAAGCCAUACGACUGCCUGCAUUGCGGCAGGAAAUUCAGACAGUGGGGCGACUUGAAAUAUCACAUUACCUCCAUACAUUCAACGGAGAAGAAUUACCAAUGCGAGUACUGUGGCAAGGAGUUUGCCAGGAAAUACUCCUUGGUUGUGCAUAGAAGAAUUCACACAGGUGAGCGAAACUAUAAAUGCGAAUACUGCGGAAAGACUUUCCGCGCUUCAUCAUACCUUCAAAACCAUCGGAAAAUCCACACUGGCGAAAAACCACACAACUGCUCGAUUUGCUCCAAACCGUUCAGAGUCCGCUCAGACAUGAAACGGCAUGAAAAAACACAUGGAAAACUAGCGGCUCCCAGGGGUGCACAUUCGCAUGCAAAGGCCCAACAGCAACAGCAGCCCCAACUGGAACCACCACCAUCUCCACCCGAAUUCAAAGUGCAAAAGAACGAAGUGGAGGAAAAUGAUGAAUCCAAUGAGCUGCAAAUCGGCGAAGAAGAGGACGCAGCCGAGCAUAUAUUGGGGUACGAUCAGCAGGAAAUCGAAAUGAUGAGUGGCUCAACAAUCACGAAAAGGAACUUAUACACAAACGGCCACGAAUUAUUCUUGGUUACAUAUCCUAAUGAGAUGGUACCAAGGGUGGCCAACGGCACAGAAACUUGGAUCCAUACAAGUGACGCUUGAACUGUACAAUGGGUAUAAACUAGAGGCCGAUGCUGCAGACUAAUCACAAUAAGAUUUUUUUUUAUUCUUUAGACAUACGGCGAAGCAUUGAAAUUCAUUGCGGAAUUAGGCAUUAGUUUCAUCUAGUUCGUUAGUUUUAAGAUUGUUGGUUUAUUGUACCUCAGCAUCUUCUCUAUAGUGUAGAGAAUAAUAUUGUGUUGGAAUUGCUUUUGGUUGAAAAGUACAAUUCCUGUUUGAUAACCUUAAUGGUCUUUAGGGGAAUUAAACCAAAUUUCAAAGUUGGAUUGUACCUAAAUAAUUAAUGCAAUACAAAUUGUACUAAAUCGUUUAAGUAACGUACCAGAGGUCUUCAAGGCAAGUGUACUGAUUUACAAAUUUUAUUUCCGAUAACUUACCAAAUUAAAUUUAUAGAUUAUAGCACGAAGGUGGCCAGAGCUAAUAUUUUCAAUUCGAGAUGUUAGAAUUAAAUAUGUACAUAAUA